AUGGAAAAACUCUGCAGUGUAAAUGAAGGAAUGCCUGAGAAUCAAGGAAAGAUGGAAAAUGAACAACCUCAGAAUGCUGCAAAGCCAGAAGUAGCUGAUACGCUGGAAGACAAGGAAAAGUUAAAAAAUGAAGGAAAGAUAGAAAACAGGGGAGAGACAGAAGAUGAGGAAAUACUAGAUAAGGAGAAGCCAGAGAAGGAGGGAAAACCAGUGAUAGAGGGAAAGUCAGAGAGCCAGGGAAAACCAAAAGAAGAAGGAAAAACAGAGAGUGAGGGAAAGCCAAAAGAAGAAGGAAAACCAGCCAUCGAACCAAAGGUUGGAGGAAAGCGCCCAGCUGGGGAUGAUGUGCCCAGGAAAGCCAAAAGAAAAACCAACAAGGGGCUGGCUCAGUGCCUCAAGGAAUACAAAGAGGCCAUACAUGAUAUGCAUUUGAGCAAUGAGGAGAUGAUAAGAGAAUUUGACGAGAUGGCUAGGGUAGAGGAUGAGGUGAAGAAAACCAGACAGAAAUUGGGGGGUUUUAUGUGGAUGCAAAAAAGUUUACAGGACCCCUUCCACCCCAGAGGCCCUAGGGAACUCAGGGGUGGCUGUAGGGCCCCACAAAGGGGCUUUGAAGAUAUUCCUUUUGUGUAG